UGUCUCUGUCUCUGUUUUUCUCUUUUGAAGGAAAAUUGGUUACAAACACAUUCUUUUCAUUUUACUCUUUCACUUCUACGAUCUUCACCUUCAAUUCAACCUCACUUUCUUCAUUGGCACACAUCAACUUCUUAUCUUUUUUUUAGGGUUCCUUUCAUUCUCUCAAUUUGCUUCAAUUUUCUUCACUCUGCUUUGCUCAAUUCUUGCUGAACCAACUCUAUCUAUUCAGGGCCUCUAUUGCUUGUGAAUUUUUGGCAAAGAAAAAUAGCAUAUAACUUUUGACUUCAGCAGAAAACUGUCAGAGCAAAGGACAAGGUUAGUUAGAAACAUAAGAUACUUGGAGGUGAUUCACUGCGAUUUGUUUGUACGGGCAGGUAAAGUACUCAGGACAUGGGCUGCAUCGUGUCCUCACCAAAGGAUUCUGGUGGAAAUAGAAGGAGGCCGGGGAGUAUUGGAGAUGUUUCUGUCUAUAUUCCCGGUCUGAGAAUUCCUAAACCUGUUGAUUUUACGCAGUCACUUGGUGAUUAUUUGUCGAAGAGCAUAGUGGAACGCUUAUCUGCUCUUAGAACUCGUAUAGUUGUAAUGGCUGGCCAAGAAGGUCCUACAAUUACAAGAACAAAAAGAAAAAGUGCAACUCAACAUGGAGGCUCAACACUAGCUGAUCUUCUACAAGCUCUUGAAGACUACUUACCAGUACUUUUGGGAUUAGUAAAAGAUGGAAGUCAUUUACAAUACAAAGUACAAUUUGUUUGGGUGAAUCAAGAAGAUGAGGCAGAGGAAACAGCCAUGUCUAAUGCAUGGUAUGAAGUGUUAUCAGUCUUGCACUUGAUGGCAACACUAUUGCUAUCACAGGCUAAUUUAUUACUUCUUCCAAGAACAUCCACCGAUGGUUAUCAGCCAAAAGUAUCAGAAGAAAAUCGACGAGCCUCUGUUGAUAUCUUCUUAAAGUCGGCUGGAUAUCUUGAUUGUGCUGUCAGGCAUGUUCUUCCACAGUUGCCUGCUGAGCUCAGGAGAAAUUUACCGGUAGACCUUGCGGAAGGAGUUCUUCGAGCACUUUGUCUACAAACAUUGGGACAGGGUGUAGAUAUCCAACUUGGAAUGGCAAUUGAUAGCACCAAAGCCACUCUUGCGGUAAAGCGAAGACUUGCAUGUGAGAUGGUGAAAUAUUGGCAACAGGCUCAAGAUAAUAUUAUGAACCUUCCGUUAGCGAAUGGUUGGGGUGAAAAACACCGUCUUUAUGUCAAAUGGAAGUAUAUUGAAUCAAAGGCUGCUGCAUAUUAUUAUCAUGGUUUGAUUCUUGAUGAGGGGAAUACAGAGAAAUCUCAUGGGAUGGCUGUAGCUGCGCUGCAAGCAGCGGAUGAGUAUUUCAAAGAAAGUAAGAAGCUUUGUGAGGCAUUCAAUGCUGCAACUCCAUUAUCAAGAAAUCCACCACUUUGGGGAACAAUGAAAUAUCUCUCUGAGAAAAUUCCCAAGGAUACGUCAAGCAAGGUGCGAGUAAACCGUGAUCUAUACACUCCGGAGAGAAUCAUGGAAACAGCACCAACAUUACCAGAUUUUGCAUUGGCCUUGAAACCAGAUGAUUAUCAACUUCCACAAGUGAGUCCCUCUUGGAGUACAGAAAAUGUGAAGGGGGGAUCCCCUAAUCAUCUCAAGGGAUGAGAAAUGACAAAAGUGAGAGCAAUGUCAACUUAGCUUGAAGAUGAAGCAAAGGGUGAUUUUUCAAUGCUUGUCAAUGUCAACAAGGGAAGCAAAUUCAUUAUUUAUGACUUUUUCUCUACCUUCUUUCUUCAUUAAUCAUCUCCUCCCCAUUCUCUACAACAUUUGAGAGAAAAAGAAAAGCCUACAACUGGAAAAAUCUCAAGUUGUGUUCAAUGUAAACUUUCUAAAGAAAAAGGGUUAUCUUGCCAAUUACCCAAAUCCCUCAUUUGUUAAACCAAGUUGCAUAAGUUGGUGUGUAAAAUUUGACUUGUGCUUUGCAUGGAAAGAAUGAUUUCCUUUUAUUAAGUGUUAUAAUUUUAUAGA